AUGCCAGCAAACGGUUUGAAAGUCUCUCAUUUCGAUGAUUUGGAACAACAUAAAGAGAAUAUCCUCCCUAUGAGGGAAGGCCGAUCUGCCAAGCGUUUAAGUGAAGCGUUCCAACAACCUAGCGGUGAAUUGGCUGAAAUACGGCUCUCAUAUGAAAAAAGGUUGAUGGAUGAGCUUGAUGAGCUUGAUGAUCCCUUAGAGCUAUAUUUAAGUUACAUUUCUUGGAUCAAUACCGCUUAUCCUCAAGGCGCAACGAAUAAGCAGAGUGGAAUGUUAGAUGUGAUGGAACGGUGCCUAAACUACUUCAGUAAUUUUGAUACUUAUAAAAAUGAUCCACGGUACGUGAAGCUUUGGAUGUCGUAUAUUGAAAUGUUUGCUCACAGUUUACAGGAGAAGAAGGAUAUAUUUGUCCAUCUACUGAGGAAGCAGAUAGGGGAAAAACUGGCAAUGUUCUAUGAUGAUUUCGCACAUGUACUAUUCCAGCGAAGGGAAUACAGCUCUGCAAUAGCCGUGCUUAAACGCGGUAUUGAAUAUAACGCUAGACCUGUUCAAAGAGUACGAAAAACCCUAUUAUUAUUCGAGGAGAAGAUAGGCGAUGAUGGUGUACGCUAUGAUGAUGCACGCCAUUUGGAGGAUAUAUUUGCAUCUGCAUCAAAGGUAAUACUUGGGAAGAAAAACUCGGAACUUCUUCAGGCUAAACCAAUACCAGUUAGACCAUCUUCUUCAAACGGGAAGGUACAAGUUUUCAAGGAUGAGAACAGUGAUGAACCGAAUGGCAUAGAUCUAAAGCAGUCUAGUUGGAUAACUCUUGACUCUAAAGUACGAAGGGAACAGGAAAACCAUAUUCAAGCUGUGCCGCUAAAGCCAGGCACGAAAACAGAAAAGUUGGCUCAAGAAGUGGUUGAUAACCAUAUGAUUGGCAAGAUUCCUACGUACCAAGACUCAAUUGGAAAAAGUGGACCAGUAUAUAAGAUCCUUGAGCAACCAGGGCGCAAACCAGAGAAGAUCGACUGCAAUUUUGAUCUUAUAUACCCGUUUCAUGGACAGGAAUUUUGUUUUGAAGAACUUCUGGCAAUUGCUAGAAAGGUGUACCAUAAGCAGCCAGAGAUUAAUGAUGCUUCGACCGGUGAUUCAAAGCAGCCUCUUAUGAAGAAAAGAAGGAAGGCAAUAUUACAAGAGAAGAAAGAAUCGCCAUUAACAAGCCCUUCGAUAGCAUCUGUAUCGACUCCACGCCCUCAAGAAUACAAAAAAAUCACAACGACGUCUAUCUUACCACUAAGAGAUGAAAACAUUGAUGAUAAUACCAAUUAUUCAGAAGUUAGAGCAAGGUCUCCAACAGUCACAAUGUUUUCUAAGGAUGCUAUGAAAGAGGUUUACUCAAUGUUUAACCAAAACUACACUGGUCCAAAGCCUCCAACGGAGAACGAUGACACCACAACGAGGUUUACUGUAUUUGAGAACUUUACGGAAGAAUUUACAAGAAAGAACAUGGACGAUCUUACGGAGGUUAAAGUAAACGAUCAAGAAAGAACACCUAAGAAAGAAGAUUUAAUAGUUGCAAAGGAAAUGCAACAGGGGAAAUCUACAACAACUCCUACAUACAAAAAUACCCUUCAAGAUUAUAUGACUCCCAUUCAAGAAAGGACGGAGUCUGCAUUUAAAGCUGCAGGUUCCCAAGAUGAAGUCACUAAGAUAAAAAGACGACAAAGUGAUGCACUGUCAAUAAACACUGCAGAAAGUUCUCCUUUUCUGACUCAACCUGAGGUGUUCCUUACGACUCCGAAAUAUAUCAUCAAUGAUCCAAUUAGCAAUGAGCUUAGAGCCCAAUUAUUACAGUCCAUACAACCGGCAUUACAGACUUACAGUGAUUACUACCAAUAUUCCCAGUCUUUAAAAAUGAGCGCAUUGUUAAAACGAAUUCAUAAGGUGACAAAAAAUGCUAACAAAAACCCUAUAGUUGACUUUAAGAAAACAAACGAUUUGUACUGCAUUAGGGCCGAGUUGGGCGAGGGCGGCUAUGCAACAGUAUAUUUAGCUGAAUCUAGCACUGGAGAGUUGAGGGCUCUAAAAGUUGAAAAGCCUGCAAGUGUAUGGGAAUUUUACAUACUCAAACAAGUCGAAAAAAGAUUAGCUAAGGCCCCAAUUCUUAAAUCAAUUAUUAAUGUUAGCGCAUUGCAUUGCUUUCAAGAUGAGAGUUAUUUGGUAUUAAACUACGCAAACCAGGGUACGAUCCUGGACCUGAUUAAUUUAGAGAAGCAAAGAACUGGGGGAACAUUAGAUGAGUGUUUAUGCAUGUUUAUCACGGUGGAGUUGAUGAAAGUUAUAGAAUGCAUACACGAGGUUGGGAUUAUACAUGGUGAUGUUAAGCCUGACAAUUGCAUGAUCAGAUUCGAGGAGUGCCGGUCCUUGGGCGAUUAUACACCACUAGGAGAUAAUGGAUGGUCAAAUAAGGGUAUCUUUCUCAUCGAUUUUGGAAGAUCGUUUGAUCUAUCUUUGUUUCAAAUAGGAACCAAGUUUAAAGCUAAUUGGCCGACUGAUCAACAAGAUUGUCCAGAAAUGAGGGAAGGUAGACCGUGGAGCUAUGAAGCCGAUUAUUAUGGACUAGCGGGUAUAAUCCAUGCAAUGCUUUUUGGCAAGUACGUGGAAACAACAAAAACCAGUGAUGGCAGGUACUUUUUGACUAAUAGCCUCAAAAGAUAUUGGAAGCGAGAUAUCUGGGCUCCAAUUUUUGACAUGUUAUUAAACAGUGGGUGCCAUGCGGAAAGAUUACCACUUAAUGCGGCUCUCAAAGAACAAAGAAGUCUAAUUGAGAACUAUUUAGAGAGGGAAACAAGUACUAAACUAAGAAACAUGAUUCUAAGCUUGGAAUCAGAAUUGACAAGAUUUAAACAAUAG